AUGCCUUUGCCUUCCAAAGCGCUAUCAGCCGACGCCAAGAUCAGCAUAGCUUCCGUCUCCGACCUCCAUUCUCACUUUGACGAUCUCUACGAUGACCUGCAUGCUCCCGAGACCGAGCACACAUGGCAGAAGAUCGAGCGGGCAUUGCUGCACAUCCAGGCCAUCACUCGAGGUGGAGCGCCCAAAUACAACGAAUUCGUAGCGUUGCUCAAGGAAGCGGCAGGGCCCAUCAACAAUGCUCUGCUUUCAGAAAGGACAAAGCUGUCAGGUACGGCGGGCGACUUGCUCAACUCGAUAGCGCCGAGAAUGGCGGAAAGGUUCGAGCCAUUGGUCCCAGUCUUCGUGCCGACACUUCUGCUCAUCUGCGCUAGGACCAACAAAGUGGCCGUCAAAAGGGCAGAGAAGUCGCUGCACUUUGUCAUCAAGCACUGCGCGCCACCUUCGGUCGUGUCGUAUCUUCGAGAGGCGAUCAAGGACAAGGGCCAGGGCUUGAGAGCGGUGGCAGCAGGGACGUUGGUGUUAGUCUUGGAGCACACCGAGAAGGACCGCCUCACAAGACGUGUAGCAGACAUCGAGGCAUGCAUCAAGAGCGGGGCCACAGACUCCAAUCCGGAAGUUCGACAGACCACCAAGAGGCUGUUUGAGCUCUAUGUCUCCAUCUGGCCAGAACGCGUCGAGCAGUUCACCAAGCCCAUGACGCCCACCAUCCGCAGAUACCUUUCGCUGCCCAAGACAGGAGCGCUGCAAGUGGACAUUCCUCCGAUGACAGAAGCACCGAUCAGGUCAGCAAGGCCACCAGCCUCGCACACGAGCCGCCAAGACGAGGUGCUGAUGCCCAUGUCACACGCUCCGCAGUCUCGCGCUGCGCCAGCCUACACAUUUUUCCCGGAUCUUCAAAAGACGGCAGCUACUUCCUCAGCAACUACAUCGACAGCUCGAACGCAGCCAGGGGCAGGAUACAGCAUGAACGACGCUGCGUAUGGGAAGCGGGGCCUGUUUGCAGACCAGAUCGCUGCAGCAAGAAACGCUCGUUUGGCUCGGAUGCCAUCCUUCAACUUUGACGAUGCGGCCAAGAGCGAGACCGUCCCUGCACCGACCAUGAAGAGGCAGCCUAGCUUCGAUCAGCUGCGACCUCAAGGACCCGUUACUUCAGGUGCCAUGUUCCGCGUGUCACGAUUCGACGUGGUCGCAGGUCCCAGCAGGCAGGACAGCAACGAUGGGAGCAGACCACGAAGCGGGCACGGCUCGGAGUCGGCGUCACACAGGCAUGCAGACAUCAACGCAAAUGCACCUUCGUUCGCCGCGGCAUCCGGACUUCACGGGAAGAGCGCGCUCCUGGCUGCCUACAAGCAGGCGUUCGUCGGCGAUAUACCAGCCGCAAAGGCCUCUUCGUCUUCGUCUCGCGAUCGCCAACACCGGGAGAAAUCCGACAAGCCUCCCAAGAGCGAGAAGAGACGCGAGAAGACCGUCACGGUGCGAUUCGAGCCAUCACCGGACAGCAAAGACUCCGACUCGGAUCGGCUCCUGGCCAAUGCUGAGAGGGGUGCGGAUGAGCUGAGGAGGUCCAGAUCGGCUCCACAGAUCGCUGUUCAGGCCGACAAUUCUCACAAAGAGACGGACGCGGAUGCUCACAUUCCGGCGGAGACAGCUCGGUCAAAGGCCCGCAACUCGCCGGAGCACCACGCAGACUGGGUGGACUCAGAUGACGACGAGGACAGACCGAACACGCCACCUGAACGCUACCUGCAUGCACAGACGCCGAGGACGGGCGUCAAAGCGAGCCGGGUUCCAGCACAACGAGUGGCGGCGGUACCCUCCGCAGUCAAGGCGUCGGCUAUGCGCGUAGCUGCAGCGACACCUUCCGCCAAGAUUGCUGCGAGCCGCGUUGCGAACGUGUCCGAGUCGGUCGAGUCGAGUCCCAUGCCCAAGGCUCAUGCUGCUCCUCGCACGCCUCAGGCGCCGUCGGCGAAGGUCGAGGCGGAGAUGAAAGCAGUACCAGAGUCGAUCGCCGUCGAGGCGGAUCAGAAGCAGCUCGAGGUGCAGGACAAGAUAGAAGCUGAGACGGUGAAGCCAGCUGUGGUGGCACAGGUGACCGCGAUGCCCAAGGACAAACCGGCAGCAGUGAAGAAGGUGGCUAGCUCGACGGUUCAAAGCAACAAGCAGCCAGGCAAGGCGGCUCCGGUCAAGACAGCGCCUUCUGCUUCGUUGGCAGCCAAGGCACGCCUCGAGGCCAGGGCGGCCAAGACGACACCGACGGGACCAGCCGCCGAAGGCAGAAAAGUCGUCUCCAAGGCGGUCAGCACCGUAGCGAAGCCGGUUGUCGUCAAGAGACCUAUCGUCAGCUCCUCAGCAGCUGCAUUCAAGCCUGUCGCCAAGCCUGCAGCCUCGUCAGCGGUCAUGGCCAAGUCCUCGAGGCCUGCUGCAACGGUCAAGCCGAGCACCACAGCCACAUCAACCACCGUACGAUCGAAGCCAAGCGUGACAGCUAAGUCUGUCAUCACAGCUCCAGCCACUGCCGUCGCAGUCAAGAAGGCAGACGCUCCCACCAUCACCCGAUCGUCCACCCUGACCGCACUUACAGCCUCGACACGCAGCAAGAUCGUCCCCGCGGCCGCAAUCAAGAAGUUCCAGCCGAAAGCGACGAGCUCUUUGCGACCCAAGAGUUCGAUCGCUGCUUCGCUCACCGCCAAGAGCAAGUUGGUCGGAGCGAAAGCUGCUGCGUCUGACAGGGAGGUUGCGGUCAAGAAGGCGAGCGUGGCGCUGGUCAAGGCGGUGGAGAAGCAUCGACGAGCUUCUGCAGCCGCGGCUCAGGUAGCUUCUGUUGCGCCGGGUCUGCCGGUUGCGGCCGUCGAGCCGGUCGAGCAGACCGAGCCAGUGGUGGCCGAUGUGAUCACCCAGCCUGCUGUGGAGCCUAUUGUGGAGGAGCAAGUCGUCGCGCACCAUGCUGAAGUGGUAGCGGAGGAAGCAGCAGACAUCCUUUCAGACACAAAGACAGAAGGCAAGGCUAUCGAACAGACUACCGAGCCGGUCACCGUGGACAACAUUGCUGAUGCGCACGAAGGGCAGUCCGGAAUGGACGUGACUGCUUCGAGUGUCCAGCCCGACGAAUCUGUCGUCGAAGAAGCAGCCAUGUCCCUCGACCAGUUUGACACUUGCGUUUCCCAGGAAGAGGUCCAACCCGAGGAAGAGCGAGAGACGCCUGCGGUCGAUGACUUACAAGACCUACAAGCCGACCAUGUCGAAGCAGUCACACUGGCUCCAAGCGUCCCGGCGACUCCGAUCAAGACUCCGGCCACGCCGACAGCCGGGACGCCCGCCCGAGUCCGCACGCCGCUGAGCAGCAAAGACACCAACCUGCCCAGACAGCCAACAUCCGCUAGAGUGACUCCGUCCAAAUCAUUCACGCCCAACAGAGCGACACCUUCAAAGUCAUGCUCACCCAUCAAAGCCCCAACCACCCGCUCGACGCCAAUUCACUCCUCGCCACUCCGCCGCAAUCCGCUCCUCGUACCCGUCCAGUUCGACCCAGAUUCGUUCGAGAGCGAGUCCGAAAGCGAAGACGAGUCGGAGGAGGUGGUCCAGCUGCACUUUGGACGAGCCCGAGAAGAGCAAGCUGAGAACAAGGCAAAGAAGCAAUUGGUGCUGGGGCUGGACUCGUCGGAUGACUCGAUGAUGGAGAGCGGGGAGGCGGACGAGACUGUGCUUUUGGAGGCCGCUGCUUAG